AUAAUAAAUGAUGACGCCACUCUCCUUAAUUACCAAUAAUCUCGCCUUCCAUUUCUAGUUCUUACUUUCUUUUUACGCUUUUCCUUUAAAUUUACACUAGGUUAUAUCUUCGGUUGUUAAAGCACAAACGCAAGCUACUACGAUCAGCACUAAUAGUGCCUACCUAACAGCACCUACUCAACAACACCUACCCAACAGUGCUCCCAUAGUAGUCGACAUGCCGCGUGAUGGGCGCCCGCUCGACCGGCGCGUUGCCGCGGCGAUUCGCAGCUUCAGUCCAAUAUGCCGCUGGCUGCCGACUAGGCCUAGGAGCAGUCUUGCGUUCACGAUCCUCGCGCUGUGCAUCGUCUGUCUGGUCCUGCAAUUUGGCUUCUGGGAAGACAAGUUCCCAGUGCAGAGCGGCUUCGUCUAUCGACUGAGGGAUGGCAGCCAGUCUCACCCGGUGGAGCACCUGCACGCCGCGGCCAAGAAGCAGUUCGACGCGCUCCUGGCACGGCAGUCCACCACCCCCGAGGGUGCCGUGGUCGAGUACAGGAGGAGGUAUGGACGAGUGCCGCCGCCGGGGUUCGAGAGGUGGUUUGCGUUUGCCAGAGAGCAUUCGUCGCCUAUCGUUGACGACUACGAUGAGAUGAUGCGGUCGCUCGAGCCGUUCUGGAAGAUGGCGCCGGCCGACGUGGUGCGCCUGAUGGAGCGCAGCGACUCCCCAGGGCAGACGCGUGGCGCCAUCAAGAAGUGCUUUGUUGCGGGGGGGAAGCUUAAGGACUGUGGCGCCUGGGCGGACGUCAUGAGUCGGUACCUAGGCGCGGCACUGCGCGGCAUUCCCAACAUGACCUUCCUCGCCAACUAUAUGGACGAGCCCGCCGUGCUGCCGCGGCACCCCAUAGUCUCGCCCUCGGACAGCGACGAGAAGUUCGUGUGGUCCGAGAUAUCCCACCAGCCCAUCUGGCCCCAGGUGCAGGAUAUGUGCGCCAAGAUCGGCGGGCCAUCUGAAAAGGCGCCCGUGGACGGAGCCCUUGCGGCUGAGGAUUCAGGGGAGGAGCCUCGCUUCGUGCGCAACGUCACGCGGGGGACGGACCUGUGUGCACACCCCGAGUUCCGGGAGGCGCACGGCUAUCUCGCCUCGGCCGUGAGCUCGUUCCAUAUCGGCCAUGCCGUACCCGUCCUGUCCCGGGCCGUGCCGCGCCCCUUUGGCGACAUCUUGUUCCCGGCGCCAAGCUACUCGUGGCCCCAGUUCGCCUACAGCGCGUGGCGGGACCGGUCGUGGCGACGCAAGACUGACGCGCUGUACUGGGCGGGAAGCAAUACCGGGAGUUACACGCACGACGAGACAUGGCGGCGUCACCACCGGCAAAGGCUGGUGCUCCUGGGCCUGGGCGCCGACGAAGGGAAAAAGUUCACCUACCUCCGCAAGGCGGGCGGCGGGGACAGUUGGAUGCCCUACACAACGUCGCGCUUCGAUAGGUCGCUGUACCACGUCGCUAUGACCAAGAUCCGGGCGUGUGACGAGCCCGCGUGCAGGGAGCAGAACGACGCCUUCCGCCCGCGUAAAAAGCCGGAGCCGGCAUCGGAGCCGUACCGGUACAAGUACGUCUUCGACAUCGACGGCAACAGCUUGAGCGGGCGCUUCUACCGGCUGCUCGCGAGCAAUAGCGCCGUGCUUAAGACGACGAUAUUCAAGGAGUGGCACGAUGAGCGGCUCGUACCGUGGCUGCACUACAUCCCCGUCAGCCUGGGGCUGGAGGAGCUGCCGGAGCUGGUGAGGUUCCUGGCCACGACGGACGAGGGGCGCGAGGUCGGGCGGAGGGUGGCCGAGGCAGGCAAGAGAUGGCACGCAAAGGCGCUCAGGGAGGUUGAUCGCGGUGUCUACUUUUACCGGCUGCUGUUAGAGAUAGCGUGGCUGCAGAGCACCGAGAGGGCGGCGGGAUGAGGAUGGGAAAGGGGCUGAUAUUAGAUGUGGAGACGGUAGCACUCACGCCUACGCGAGAGAUGUGAGAGGCCUUACAUGAUAGCCGCUUAUUAGGGUGAUAGGAAACAGUGCUGAAUAGACUGCAAUUAGAUUCGGCAAAUAUUCCUUCGGUGGAAUUUCAUCCCUGGCGGUCAGUGGAUGUUGCGCGUGCUAGGAUUGGAAAAUGACUGCUGGUUUUCUCGGACCACUUCGAACAAUACUCUCAGAGAAGGAUUUUAAUGGAUGAAAGAGAUGGUUUGGACGCUGUUAGAGGUGUA